AUGUGUCAGAGACUCGCCUUUUUGGAGGAGGAAGUCAAGAAGAUGAAGGCGUCGAGUGGUCAAUCCUCCGCCUCUCAAGAGCAGACAAAUGCCGAGUUGGCGAGGCUGAAGGUCGACUUGGCAAAGAGCACUGCGCUACUCAAGGCUGAACGAGGAAAGAGUGCAGAGCAUGCCACUCUACUGGCUCGGCCCAAUAAGCAGGUCACCACUUUCGACGCCAAGAUCGAAUCGGCCAAUGCGAGGAAACUCCAGGCCAUUGAAGACCUCAACCUAAAGAAUAAAGAGGUCCGGACUCUCGCUAAGAAACUCAAAGAAGCCAAAAACUUCCUGGUUGCCGAACGAAAGAGCCGGUCAGCCGAAGAUACUGCCCCCCCCAGGUCAACUUGCACACAAAAUGCAAAUGAGGUUGAAGGGUUAGCUUAUUUAUCUGAUAGCGAUGACCUUGCGAGCACUUUUGCAAAGUUAAACAGAGUGGUCAGUGGUCCAAGGACUCCUGGAGUUAUUGGUGAUAGAGGAUCUUUUUCUAGAGAAAGUUCUUCUACUGCAGACUGGACACAGGAUGAAGACUAUUUAAACUGGAUUGAUCAGCGAAUAUUAGAUGCUGAAAAUGUUCAGGAAGGCAAGAGAUGGCGGUCACAACCACGGCCGCCAUCGUCUCAGCUUUCUUUAUCAAAACCAUUGUACAGAGCUUCAUCAGAUCCUCAGCAGCCACAUUAUCAACAAACCUUUCAGCCGCAGCAGAGGCAGCAAUACGCUCAGGAAUCAACCCCUUCAGCCAGCUCACUUUUCACUUCCUAUGAUCCUCAUGGCGAACCAUCUCAGUCGUUCUCAAAUCUUACAAAGCAUUUAAGCAUUCCCUCUGCUAAUACUGGAGUACACUUCCUUGGCCCGACUCUUGCCUCCUACACUGAUCCUCAGCAACUCUUGGGAAGAUCGGUUUGUGGAUUGCACUAUGCUCAUGACAUUGCCCGCGGAGUAGCUCAUAAUCCUACUACGAGCAGUUGGGCAAGGGACUAUUUGCUGAAUCAUACUGGUCUAUUUUCGGGUGACGAUAUGUCUCCUAACAUGCUUCGGCAUCAAUUGUCUCUGCCGAGCAAUUUGGUAGCUUCACAGAUAUUAUUGCAGCAUCAACAACAUAGAUUGUCACAACUCCAGCCAUACCAUCUCUGUUUCUCUCACUCGCAGGCUAAUUUGUUUCACUCUCAUGGUUCCCCUUCGCAAAUGAGGAACAAGCUUGAUCUAGAUAUUGGCGUGCCUGGUUCAAGAGACAAUAGACACAGAGCAUCACAAAAAGGAAAGCACCAUUUUCAAUUUUCACAUGAGUCUUCUGAUACUGGAAACAUGAAGGUCGAUAACAGGCGGCCACAGAUUAGAUCAAAGUACAUGACAUCUGAAGAAAUAGAAAGCAUUUUGAAGAUGCAAAAUGCAGCAAGCCGCAACAACGAUCCAUACACAACUGAUUAUUACCACCAGGCUUGUCUUGCAAAGAAAUCAACUGGAAGGCCGAAAUGCAAUUUUUGUCCAAGAAGCCUAAAAGAUUUGCCUUCUCGAUCGCGUGGCAGUAGUGAAUCACAUGCUCAUCUUCAGGUUGAUGCAGUCAGGGAGGUUCCACUCUCUUCAGUUCACCGACCUCAUCCUCUUCUUGAAGUUGACAUGCCUUCCUCGAAGUCUUCCAUGAAAUCCCUGGAGCAGGAGCCACUUGUAGCUGCUAGAAUCACCAUUGAAGAUGGUAUCUCCCUUCUCCUUGAUGUAGAUGAUAUCGAUCGGCUUUUACAGUUCAAUCCUCCACAAGAUGGCGGUCUACAACUGCGGCGGAGGAGGCAGAUUUCUCUGGAUGGACUUGCAGCAAUACUUAAUCUUGUUGAUCCACUGGGACCUAGUGGAGCUGGUUAUUCUGGUCUCAAUCCAAAGGAUGACAGUGUCUUACUUCGCAUAAUCUCUCUUGCCAAGGGCCGGAAACUCAUAUCACGUUAUCUUCAACUUCUCGACCCCAGAAGUAACCUCGCGCGAGUAGUCUGCAUGGUUGUUUUCCGGCACUUGAGAUUCAUAUUCGGUGGGCGGUCGUCCGACUCCAGUUCAUCAGAGACAAUAGAAAAUCUAGCACAGACUGUUUCCUUAUGUGUGCACAAUAUGGACUUAAGUGCACUCAGCGCUUGCCUUGCUGCCGCGGUCUGUUCAACUGAACAACCGCCUCUUCGCCCGAUUGGAAGCGCAUCCGGUGACGGAGCCACCAUCGUCGUGAAAUCUGUUCUUGACCGGGCAACUCAUCUUCUGUCGGACCGUCAAGCUGCAGGCUCUUACAGCAUAUCCAAGUGGAAUUUUUGGCGGGAAUCAUUCGACGCUUUCUUCAGGCUUCUGACCGAGUACUGCCGGCGUAAAUACGACAACAUUCAGCAAAUGUUACUCGACGAGGCAUCAAAAGAUGCCAUCCCUGUCUCUGAGGCAACUAUAGCAAUGAGGAGGGAGAUGCCUGUCGAUCUGUUACGGUCGAGCCUUCCUCAUACGAGUGAGCACCAGCAGAAGGAUUUGAUCGAGUUUGCUGAGAAAUUGAUGCCUGUUAUGGCUUUUAGAGAUCUUCAAUGAUCUGAACGAUGUACAAAUCCAAGUGUCCAAGCUGUCUGACUAAUUCACUUCUAAUUCAUCAAUUUGGUAAAUAUUAAAUA